UGCACAGAACGAAGCAAAAAAGCAAAACACCCAUUAAUUUUCCGAACAAGUUUACUAAUUUUUAAAUGUAAAAACGGUGAAAAAGUGGGCUUUUUUGUGGAAAAUUGCUGGUGCAAAUCCUCCAUUAGUGCAUGCAGUGUUUGUUUGAUGCGUUGAGUUUAAAAUUGCAGUGAAAAUCGCAAGCAAAAAGUACCUAGAACGAUAACAGCAGAAGCCGAAGCAACAGAGACGACGGCGAAAUGAGCUUCUCGAGUGAUGAAGUGAAUUUUCUUGUUUACCGCUACCUUCAAGAGUCAGGUUUUUCACACUCAGCGUACACAUUUGGUAUUGAAUCACACAUUUCUCAGAGUAACAUCAAUGGAGCAUUGGUGCCACCAGCGGCUCUGCUUAGUAUCCUGCAAAAGGGUCUCCAAUAUACGGAGGCAGAGAUAAGCAUUGGUGAGGAUGGAACCGAGCAGCGUUUAGUAGAGAGUUUGAGUCUGAUCGAUGCCGUGAUGCCGGAGGUGGUUGCCAUCAGGCAGAAUUUGCAGAAUCAACAGAAGCAAACGAUUAAGACUGAGGCAGUCGAAACCAAUGGUACAACCAGCAGCAGUACUACGGAAGAAACUUCGGUGGCUCAAACGACCACUUCUACGACGACGACGACGACUACCUCUGCGUCAACGCCGGCUCCGGCCGAUAGCAUGGAGGUGGAUCAGAGCAUCGAGAUUCCGGCCUCAAAGGCAACAGUUCUCCGAGGACAUGAAAGUGAAGUAUUUAUCUGCGCUUGGAACCCAAGUACGGAUCUACUGGCCAGUGGAUCCGGUGACAGUACUGCCCGUAUUUGGGACAUGUCUGACAACUCGACUAAUCCGAAUCAACUGGUCCUGAGGCACUGUAUUCAAAAAGGGGGGACUGAAGUGCCAAGCAACAAAGACGUCACCUCCCUGGAUUGGAAUUGUGACGGAACUCUUUUGGCUACGGGAUCAUAUGAUGGGUAUGCUCGAAUCUGGCGCACGGAUGGUUUACUUGCGAGCACUUUAGGACAGCACAAAGGUCCGAUUUUUGCGCUAAAGUGGAACAAACGGGGAAAUUACAUUCUUUCGGCCGGUGUCGAUAAAACUACUAUCAUUUGGGAUGCGGCCACUGGACAAUGUACGCAGCAGUUCAGUUUCCAUUCGGCUCCCGCCUUGGAUGUCGACUGGCAAUCAAAUCAAUCGUUUGCCAGUUGCAGUACGGAUCAGUGCAUUCACGUAUGCAAGUUGGGUGUUGAUAAGCCAAUUAAAUCAUUCCAAGGGCACACGAACGAAGUCAAUGCUAUCAAAUGGGAUCCUCAAGGGCAGCUGCUAGCAUCAUGUUCGGAUGAUAUGACGUUAAAGAUUUGGUCCAUGAAACAGGAUACAUGUGUUCACGAUCUACAGGCUCAUUCGAAGGAGAUCUACACUAUCAAAUGGUCGCCAACCGGUACCGGUACCAAUAACCCCAACAUGAACCUAAUAUUGGCCAGCGCAUCUUUUGACUCCACCGUACGUCUCUGGGACGUAGAACGGGGUCAAUGCAUCCACACGCUGACGAAGCACACCGAACCGGUCUAUUCGGUGGCAUUUAGUCCGGACGGAAAGUUCCUCGCGUCCGGUAGUUUUGACAAAUGUGUUCACAUCUGGAGCACACAGAGUGGUCAGUUAGUGCAUAGCUACAAGGGUACCGGUGGCAUCUUCGAAGUAUGUUGGAACUCCCGGGGCAGUAAGGUUGGCGCCAGUGCCAGUGACGGCAGUGUGUUUGUUCUGGAUCUCCGGAAGUUAUGAGCGGGACCGACAACCGCUGCCGAAAAGAAAGCCAAUUCCAGUGGCUCUUGAAUUGCGUCCAAUUAACGUUGUUGAGCAGCGGACAAGGAAACUAAGAAGAAGAAAAAAUGAUUAUCGACUCGCGGACAGGCUUUUAUUCAACUACAAAUUUAUUUUGAAACACGUAGAAAUGAUUUAAGGCGUAGCAUUUAAGUAGUUUGUAGUAUGGCGUUGUGAAAAGUAUUGUCUUUCUCUGUUGAACUAGAAAUUGCGCGAUGGUACCGGAGUGAAGCUCUUUGAGAAUAGAUUAUGGCAUGAAAGUUGGUGUAA